CCCCUUUGUGAAGGAUGGCAUCUAGAUGGAUGGCUCCUCGCUGGUAUAUAUCGGUCUGGCGACUUUGUCCUGGUGCCAGUUCUCUCUAGUCGAGGAUCAUCCAGCACGUGGGUGCGCGCAGCCUCUCGUAGUAUCUUCGGCUGCGAAUCGAAUUUCGAGUCGCGUGUACCGUGUGCUUCUGACGAAAACGAGGUGUCUGUGAUUCAGUCUCUGACUUUUUUUCUGUCCAGUCCGCGAGUUUUGGGAAGCCGUCCGGGUCCAGAAUGUCGGCGAUUAAGAAUUUAUCAAAGUGCGUGCUGCUCUUGUUAAUAUGCAGUGCAACUAUUCACGCUGACGAGGACGGUGGAUUUCUUGAGCGAGGAUACCGCGCUCUUUAUCGCGUCUACGAGGACUGCGAGCAUCGCAAUAUGGCCGUAUCGCCGUGUUUGAAGAAGAAGGCGAUCACCUUCUUCGAGAGGCUCGGUCGUAUACAAGCUUUACCGAUCGGCGACAAUCUCGAGCUGGUGAGAGUCGCGCCCUUGGCGAACGAUAGCUCGAAGAGCACAGUCUCCGAUCUAGAGAAGACCUUGGCCAGGACCAACGGAGGUGCCACGGACGAGAUCCUCAACGAUAUUUUGUUCGAGCGCGUAGCCGCGCUGUUGAACAGUUUCAACGUGCAGAUCAGCUUACCAAAGACGAGCUCCGGCGACUUAAAACGGAGCGUCGAGGAAGGUCGAGGGAAGAUGAAGAAGAUGAUGGGCAUGAUGAUGAUGGGAAUGGCGAUGAAGAUGGCCGCGUUAAUUCCCAUCGCUAUAGGCGUACUUUUCCUACUAGCUGGCAAGGCGCUCAUCAUCAGCAAGAUCGCCUUAGUGCUAUCGUUGAUCAUCGGAUUGAAGAAGCUAUUGAGCCAGAAACAGAGCCACGAUCACGGCGGCUGGCAGCAAGGAGGCGGCUGGGACAGGAGUCUAAAGGGAAUCGUAGGCACACCUGUUCCAUUAAUGAAGGAAGCCGAUCGCGAAUACGCUCAGACCUUGGCGUAUAGCGCGCGACAGCAGCAUUGAAUAAUCAAAAGCUGAACUGAGAGCAGGAGAUCUUCAGGUAUCUGGGAGAGAGCAACGCCUGUAUCCAAAGCAGCAGAUAAUACACGAUAUCCGAGACAGAUCAGGAUAUUGAAAUAGAUUUGCAUAAUUAUUUUUGCGAUAUAUUUUAUAUACACUACACAAUCUGUCUAUAAAAUUUACACUCGUUCACGCGCAAUCGCAUAAAUUAUGAGGAAAACAAGAGUGUAAAAAUGAAAUGCAUCAGUGACAUUAUAAUAUCGAAAUAACAAAUCGUGAGAAAAAAAUACGCUAAGAAUCUUAAAAAUACUAAAAGUAAAAAAUGGAAACUCCAAUGAACUGUCUCAAUUGUGUAACUUUUUUUUUACAAGUCUGAUCGCUUUUUGGACAAUUGUUGAUAUGAAAAUAAUUAUCCCGUAAGUUUUCGCUUUUUAAAUAAACGGUUCUGUCAUAACGUUAAUAUCCCGCAAUGAAGUAAAAAGAUCUUCUAGUAAAAAGCGGAAAAUGCGUGAACCACAGCUGGAAUAUAAAUAGCUGCGUCGAGCAAACAUAAAGCAAAAGGAGUUGCAACGUCAGGUGUUUGUAUUUCCACUACUGACUGCCUCGGUAAAUAAUCCAGCGAAAUGAUAGCGAGAGAGUAAUCUUCAGACACGCAAACUUCUAACGGCGGCGGUUAAGAGUUUUUGUAUUGACAAUCGUGACGCGAUUAAUCUCGAAGUCGAGCAAAAAGAUGACAGACUUCAUCGUUAUAUAUCAGCCGAAUUUGGAAUCGUUUCUCAGCACUUACAAUAUUUAUAUUUAUUUAUAAUACUACCACACACACACACACACACACACACACACACACACACACACACACACACACACACACAUACACACGUAGGAGGCAAAAUAUUUAUUUUAGACUUAAAAAAUAAUCUUAGGAAGAGAAUUUUGGAAUGUGUAGCUUGCGACAAGUACUUAUAUAUACACGAAUAUCUUUAUCGACGUUACUAAAACCGUGUGUUCAGUAGAAUAAGUGUGAUGAUUAAAACACUCGAAUAUUUAAAUAUAGCGAAUAAGAUAUACUAAUUUAAUUCUCUGUUAAUAUUUAUUACAUAAUAAUAACGCAUAUAUAUGUAACAUUUUAGAAGACUUAACAUGCUUAUUUCGUAACGAUCGUAGUAGAUGCGGUAUCAUUUCGCAGAGUUUUUCCACUCUUAUGGUCUCUACAACGUCGAAAAAAUAAUUUUCGCUUAAUAUAUCAUAUUUAUAAGUACAUACUUGACGAUGCGACGCAUUCUACGAGAUGUAUACGACAUGUGUAUACGUUCGACUCCCGGGAAGCGAUUAUAAAUUCGGCCUUGAGUGUUACUUUGUAUACACAGGCGUUCAAUAUUUUUAAAAAAUAUAUCGAUUAAUUGUACAAGUUUUACCUGACUGUAAAUUAUUACGAAAUAAAGUCAUAUGUCAUUCCCA